AUUUUUUUUUUAUCUUAUCAAAUUUUUUUUUUGUAAUUCGAAAAUACUUUUUAAAACUAUUUUUAAAAUUUUUAAUAUUUAUUUUUUAUUUUAUAAAAUUUUAAAUCUCAAUCCCAAAUCUCCACCCUUUAACUCUAAACUUUAAAGUUUGAAUUAGUUAACCCUAAAGGUAUAAAUAUAUAUUUACCUUUUUAAUGAAAUAAUUUGGUCAUUUUGAUCCUUAGAUCUAUAUCUAUGACCAAAAAAAUUUUAGUACUAUCUUAGGAUAUUUCAAAAAAAAAAGAAGCUCACUACAGUAGAUAGUAGUAGAUAAUGAUUGUGAAUAUAAUUAAAUCUUACGGAAGAGUGAGGAAUAUAUUGAGAUAAGAGAUUAGGAUAUUGAAAGCUAAUCACUUACACAUGGUUCGAGCAUUUCAAGCAGGAAUGAGAGCACGGCCCAUGAGAAGCCUUUAAACAUGAUUAAACUGGGAUUCUUAUGAUGGAGUUUUUAACGGAAAUUAAGAAACUGUUUUUUAACUUCCGAUAAGAACAUCACUCUAAGAACUCCGAGUUAAUCAUGGUCUUAGGAAGAUUCUCCAGUAACUUAUUUUCAAAUGAUUUAGUUGUACUUUAUUAUUAUUAUAGACUUUGAAAACAUAUAACACAAUUGAUCACGUUUAAUUUUAUGAUCGUCAUGUUUUAUUUUAUAUAAUACACUUAUUAAAAACGUCCAGACUAAUUAUGAACCACGUUUAACAGAUAUUCGGUCUGAUUUGGUUCCCCUCUCGGUUCCUUAUACAACGUGGUUGCAUGGGUUCGUUGACUUAACGAAUAAAUAUAAACUUUUGACCAAAUAUAAAAUAAAGAUAAACUAUUUCUUACUAUGCUAAUAAAUAAGAAUAAAUUACAAAAAGAAGUUUAUAAUAAAAGUUAUUACAAACUUUUUGGGUAUAAAAAGGUCAUAUCAUAUUAAGAUCACUUCUCACGAUCGCUUCAGCUUAAACACUGUAGCAGAGAAAGAAAAAAAACAAGAACGUGAGUGAGUACAAGAGAAACAUGUCUAUGAGAGCAAUCCUAUCAUUGGUGGUUCUGGUGCUUCUCAUCGGAUCCCAUGAGUCCACUCCGAUCUCCGACGCUCUAAAGAAGCUAGAGGACUUGUUUGCCAAGAUCUUAGGCCAAUCGGACGACGUUCUCUCCUUCGCUCGCUUCACUCAAAAGUAUGGGAAAAAGUAUCAAAACAAGGAGGAGAUAAAACACCGUUUCUCGGUGUUCCAGGAGAAUCUUGAUUUAAUCGGAUCCACCAACAAGAAAGGCUUACCAUUCAAACUCGGUGUCAAUAAAUUUGCUGAUUUGACCAACCAAGAGUUUCUAAGGAACAAGUUUGAUUGUUCUCGCUUCGGCAUUUUCAAGGGCAGACACAAUGUCACAGACACAACCACAAUUCCUAGUGCUAAAGACUGGACAAAAGCUGGUAUAGUUAGCCCGGUUAGAGAUCAGGGACAAUGUGAAGCUGGGUGGGCAAUCAGCUCAGUUGGAGCUGUUGAGGCCGCUUACCGAAAGAAAUAUCCACUCGGCCGAAUUUCCUUGUCUGAGCAACAGCUUCUGGAUUGUUCUACAACUAACACUGGAUGCGAUGGCGGGGCUGCUGCCAACGCCUUUCAGUACAACGUAGAGCGCAAAUUAAGUCAACUAUCAAGCAGCUUACCCUUACAGAGGUACACAGGGAAAAUAUUGGAUAAACAACAGUUUGACGAAAAUAAACUGAAGCAAUGGGUCGCAUCCAUCGGGCCAGUCACCGUAGGAUUUCACGUUACAAACUCAUUCGCUUUUUACGAGGAAGGAGUCUACACUAGUGAUGAGUGUGGAGAUACUACAGAGGACUUGAACCAUUUCAUGUUGGUGGUUGGCUAUGGAGUUGAAGACGGUGUCCCAUAUUGGCUUAUACAGAACUCGUGGGGAGCGGAUUGGGGCGAGAAAGGUUACAUCAAGGUGGAGAUGGGGAAGAACAUGUGUGGUGUUGCGGCAUAUGCAGCGUACCCCAUUCUGUGGUGAUCAGCAUAUAAAUGCAUGAUGCAUUCGCAUAUUUAUUGGAUUUCUUGAAAGUUGGCACCUUGGAGUGUUUAUGUUUGUUGUAACUUAUGGUCUCUUUAUAUGUACCGAAUAAAGCAAUAACUUAUUUUUUCUAAAUCAAAAACUAUAUAUAUGACAAAACUUGAUAAUAAUAAUAAUAAUAAUAUAUAUAUAUAUAUAUAUAAUACUUGAUAAUAUAUGCAUGCGUGUUUAAUCGAACAACAUAUUACUUAGACCUAAAUAUCUUCUUUCUUGAUCGAAAGACAAUAAUAGCUUACAAAGUUAUGGCUUUUUGAUUAUGCCAGCGAGAAACAAAAAGAGGAAACUAUCUCUCCUCUAAACGAAACUCUCUCAAAAAAAAAAAAAAAAGAAGGUCAAGCUUUUAUCUCCGACAGUUUGCUCCGGCGGCUCCACCGUCGGAAGCGUCAGUUUGUUGUUUUAUGUAUUGCUUCUCCGCCGGUUCACAUAUCUAGCCGAUAUGUUUGUGGCUCUGUUCGAUGAAGUCUAGCCGCUCCGUCGAUCUGUGUAGAUCCGACGAGUCUUGACAGAGGAUGGUGUUACGACGAGGUUGGAUUGACUGGAUUUGGUGAGAAGUCGGAGUUUAGGGUUGUGUAGAGGGUUAGGUCACAGUUUUCCCCUUCGCCAGAUCUACUCCUCUACAGCAGUGAGGGCGCGUGGCUGAGCGGGGCCGGUCCUCUCUUCAGAUCCGGUGGUUUGGUGUCUUACUCCGGGUUCAUGGAGGUCCAGUCCGACGGCGUGUUGGCUCACUUGCUUGGUGUCGAGUUCGUUGAGCCAGCCGUUUUCUCCGGACAAAUUUGGGUCUAGAGUCCUCUCCGGUGCGCGACCGUGGCGGUGAAGGCUUUCGUGUGGAUGCCGUAGCUGCUGUGUUGCUCGCGUGCAACAAUCGUACUCUGUUUCAUGGUGGGUCGUCUAUGACAUUGCCGUGGACUUUGUUGCUUGUUGCUCCAUCUCUCUCCUCUCAGUUUGUCGCCGCUCUUGAUGUCGUCUGCGUCGUUGUGUGGCGUGGUGUUUCUAUCUCUCCGGCUCAUCAGGUAAUGGUUCGGAUCUCCCUCCGUGUUGUUGUGUUGAUGAGGCAUUGCGGAGCUGCCUCUGGUUCUCAGUUGUGGCACGAGGCGGUUAGUUCAGACCUCCUUUGGGUCAUUGGAGUGAUGUCUCUCCGUGGGAGACUCGUGUGAGGAUUGGUUUUCCCAGCACCUCUGUGAUUCGCUUGGAUCGCUUUGGUGGGCCGAUCUUCGGUCCGUUUGUAGGAAGGAUGAACGUCAUCAGGAUGUGGUCCUCACCACGCCCGGUUUUCUGCUAUGGCUCGCAAUUAUUUCCGAAGACGAGUCUAAUAAGUGUAGAUUUUAAUUGUUCAUCGGCAUCCCAGAAGGUGCUCUAAAGGUUUUUUGGGGCGGUUCGAUGACUGAAGCUCUAGGGGCUUGGGUCCUCCUCUACCGGUGGUUGUGUGAGGCUUGAGUUGCAGCGACUAGGAUGGCAAAGCUGCGUGUGGAUGGAAGUCAAUCAUUUGGAGUAGUGCUGCGGGCAAGCCGAUUUCUACCAAAGCGUGGUCUUAUGGAUUAUCAAAGGCUUCCUUCUCAUGUGGCAAUGCUUCCUGUGUCAAGUUUUGGCUCCUUCCAAGCCAUAAAACCUUUUGUUAAUAUGGUUAUGUCUGUUGUUCAGUUGGGUUUGCUUUUUCUUUCUCUCUUGUGUUGCUUUAGAUUUAUAUUUUCUUUCCGCUACUUGUGUUCUGUGUAACUUCUGUCACAAAGAAAAUUUGGUAUAAAAUUUAA